AUGAGGCCCGGAGCUGAGUUUGUCACCAUGAGCCACCGCGCGGGGGCGCCGACGGUGGCGCCGGCGCACGGGCUGAUCAACGGGACGACGCCGCACUCGCCGUGGCAGUCACCUGUGCCGUACCUCUUCGGCGGGCUGGCCGCGAUGCUGGGGCUCAUCGCCUUUGCGCUGCUCAUCCUGGCGUGCUCCUACUGGAAGCUCUCCGGGUACCUCGACGGCGACCGGGAAGGCCAGGCGGCUGAGGGCGACGGGGAGAAGGCCGCGGCGUCGGGCGCAUCCAAGCCGGCCUUGGAUUUCCAGGAGCACGUCGUGGUCAUCAUGGCCGGCGACGAGCGGCCCACGUUCCUCGCCAAGCCGGCCACCAGCCGGGCAAACGAGGUUGAGCUCGCGGCCGCGGCCGCGGCGGCCGUAGCGAGCGCGAGCGCCGUCGAUGUACCGGAGAAGAAGGUGGACGAACUGGGCUGCGAGGUGAACUCGCAGCUCGGAGGCGACCCCGCCGACGCGGCGAGCGGGAGCAGCGGCCACCAAGACGCGGCGAGCCAGAGCCGUGAUCACCACCACCAUGACCAUGAGAGCAGCAGCACGACGGCGCUCCAAGAAAGCUUGCAAUAA